GGUACGGGUCGGGUCCAUGUGUAAGCCGCAAGGAAGGUGUGUUAUGUAUAAGCAUAGGAGAAAAGUAAACUAGGGUUUUAGCAGUGGAAGCUUUGUUGAGAAGGAAGGGGUUUUAGAAUAGAACUCCACAUUUUUAAGAUUUGAUUUGUUUUUCUCUUCUCUUCUCAUCAUCAAUGGCGACCCUCAUUCCUCCCCCUCCUCCCCCUCCUCCCCCUCCUCCUCCUCCUGCCGCCGCCGCCGACCCCAAGGUCGAUUACUUGAACCUCCCAUGUCCAAUUCCCUUCGAAGAGCUCCAUCGCGAAGCUAUGAUGUCUUUGAAGCCAGAUCUUUUUGAGGGCAUGCGUUUUGAUUUCACCAAGAUGCUCAAUCAGAAGUUCUCCCUCAAUCACAGCGUGUUGAUGGGACCUACUGAGGUUCCUUCUCAGUCCACGGAGACUAUUAAGAUUCCAACUGCUCACUAUGAGUUUGGCUCAACCUUCAUUGAUCACCCUAGGUUGUUGCUCUGGGGGAGAAUUUUGACUGAUGGGAGGCUCAAUGCCAGAGUCAAGUGUGAUUUGUCCGAAAAUCUCACUUUUAAAGCCAAUGCUCAGCUCACAAAUGAGCCGCAUAUGUCUCAUGCGAUGAUCAACUUUGAUUACAAGGGAAAAGACUAUAGAACCCAAUUUCAACUUGGUAAUGGAGCCUUGCUAGGAGCAAGUUAUAUUCAGAGUGUGACACAGCAUUUAUCAUUGGGUGGGGAGGUAUUUUGGGCCGGUCAGCAUCGGAAGUCUGGUAUUGGUUAUGCUGCUCGCUACAACACUGAUAAAUCGGUUGCUACCGGGCAAGUUGCUAGCACUGGAAUGGUUCUUCUAAGCUAUGUUCAGAAGGUAUCUGAGAAGGUUUCUCUAGCAUCUGAGUUUAUGUGCAACUACUUGUCAAGAGAUGUCACAGCUAGCUUUGGUUACGACUACAUCCUUAGACAGUGCCGCCUUAGGGGAAAGAUUGACUCCAAUGGCUGUGUUGCUGCUUUUUUGGAGGAGCGGUUAAAUAUGGGUCUGAAUUUUAUUCUUUCUGCAGAGCUUGACCACAGGAAAAAAGACUACAAAUUUGGGUUUGGUUUGACCGUUGGAGAAUGAAUAAGCCGGACUAGAGCUGUGUUUUCAUUGCUGUAGCCAGCUUAGCAAGCUUUCUUGCAUCCUUUUCCUUGUUGGAGAUUUUUCUUAACGAAAAAGAAAAGAGGAAAUAUCGUUUGUGUCGGGAAACACACUAUUUACAAUCCACAAGUAGCUGCAGAAUUUUCAGUAGUCAUCAAUUUAUUUGGAACUUAGCCGAAAAAACUUUAUUUAUUUGGAUCUAUUGCCCUGUUUUCCCUUGCGGGGGAUGUAGAGUGAUAUCAGUUUAAUGCAUAUUGUGAGAUUCAAUUUCAAUAAUGUUUCUAGUGCUCGAGUAUCUAUCCAUGUCCUAUACUUUUAAAUGACC